GGGCACGCGUCACGAGUCUCCUGUGACCAGGAGAGAUGGGAACACUGGCUCACAUGACUCGCCGGGCCCUGGCACGCUGUGGUUCUGUGGGUGCCCCCUGCAGCUCCCAGCCUUCAAAAUGUACACCUCGCUGGGCAUGGUGGCUCACGUCUGUAAUCCCAGCACUUUGGGAGGCCGAGGUGGGCGGAUCACCUGAGGUCGGGAGUUCGAGAUCAGCCUGGCCAACAUGGAGAAACCUUGUCUCUACUGAAAAUACAACAUUAGCUGGGUGUGGUGGCAGUCGCCUGUAAUCCCAGCUAUUCGGGAGGCUGAGGCAGGAGAAUUGCUUGAACCCGGGAGGUGGAGGUUACAGUGAGCUGAGAUCGUGCCAUUGCACUCCAGCCUGGGCAACAGAGCGAGACUCCAUCUCAAAAAAACAAAAACAAAAACAAAAACAAAAAAACCAUACACUUCAUGCUCACUUCUCUGGGAGCCAUGGCUAACAGCCUGCAGGCAGGAGACUCUCAAACCAGCUCCUGGAGGGCACUCCCAGGGACCCUGUUCCUACCACGAGCCCUGCCAGAGAGGAGGCGGGCCAAGGAGACUUGUCCACCCAGGCGUGGCCGAGGAAGGGGUUUCCUCACGCUCUGCUGACCUGCCUUCCUUCCAUGCCUCUCAGCCCAGCUCCUGACAAAGGCGGGAACCUGAGCUCCUCGGCUUUAGGAACGUCCCCCAGAGCCCACGGAGCAGCCCGCCCCAGCUGCCUUCCCUCCCACGAUCUCCAGGUAAUGCCUGGUAAAAGGAGGACUCCAGGGAGAAUGUUGGGGCCAACAUGCAAAGCGCGUCACCUUCCAACCGGCGGAGAGUGAAGGAAAACAGGUACGGCUCGGCUUGUAACCUUCACUGGAAACAGAAACCAUCCUCAUCAUUGAUACCUGGUGAACUGCACAGAGAGCAACCUGCAGCUUUGGAAGUUUAUAAAUCCUUCAGUAUUUGUCAGCUGCCAGUAAACAAAAAUGCACACAGGAGAACUUUCCACCUGAACCCCACCUGGAGGCCGGCGUUCCCAGGUCCCGGCUGGGGUGACAGCACGCACUCGAGAGCCGGCUCAGGGCGAGUGGGACGCACGUGAGCGCAGGGAGGAAAUGCCAGCAGAUCCCACUCCACGUGACCACCUCCCAAGAAUCGAGCCAUUCUUAGCCCUGCAGACGCUGGCUGCCUCCCUCUGACUUGGCCUCACGGCAGGGCAGGCAUUAGCAGUCCAGGCAGCUUCUCUCUGACUCCCUGCAAGGAGGGGUGCGGCGGGCAAGAGGCUGGCCCCGCGCAGUUCCACCUGCAGGGAGAGCCCUCGCAGGAGGCUCCGUGUGUGGGGCCGGCUCAGCUUUUCUCUGGCCAUGCCCAUGUCCCUUCUGUGCACGGAGACGCCAGAUGCACGUGCUCCCCUCUCUGCUUCCGACCUGAACCUGCCCUCGGCUUCCGCUGUGCCUCCGAGGGCUCCUGUGUCCUGUGGGCUGAGUGAGCAUGGCCAGGCCUUCGCUCGACAGUAGACCCUUCUGUUGAUUUCCUCACGGAAAAAAGGGUUCGUAACCAACAUCUCAAGCACACUGAACACCAGGGGGGGCUGCAUGGACCUGGACACGUGUCUGCCUGACCUGCCCCCAGGCUCUCGGUGGGAUGCCCCGCAGCGAUGCAGACAGGGGCCUGUGGGCAGAGGCCACGGCCUCCAUGAGCCAGGCUAUCAGAAAGGUGGGACAAGAGGCCAGCUGUGCUCAGUUUGCAGUGCGGUCCCGUCCAAGCACGGCCCCUCGUUUCUGGAACCCGGCUGUAAACAGCAGGAGGGAGGGGCGGUGGCGCCUGCCAAGGGAGGCAGAGGCCCUGCGGGGAACUUACCAGAGGAAAACAAGUGCUUGCAUCCUGGGGCCCUCACACGCACGCGCAGGAGGCCAGGCGCGCUGCUGAUAAGAGCCUGCGGGUUUGCAGAGAAGCGCAGCAGCGCGCAGGUCCUCACCAGAGCUCUGGUGGCCACCUCUGUCCCGCCAUGCUGCUCACCGACAGUGGCCAGGGCCCACAGCACCAAGAGGCUUGGGCCACAAAGUAAAGGUGCAUCCUGUCUGGAGCUUGUGCUGGCCCGGCGAGUGGAGCCCACAGCCCAUCCCCCACUACCAACAUCCCCCAGAUUGCUGCCUGCCUGGCCGAGGAGGUGCUGGUCAAGAUGUGUUAGUGAGGGGCUAUACAAGGGUCGCGGAGCCUCGCCGGCCGCCAUGUGGAGCUGCAGCUGGUUCAACGGCACAGGGCUGGUGGAGGAGCUGCCUGCCUGCCAGGACCUGCAGCUGGGGCUGUCACUGUUGUCGCUGCUGGGCCUGGUGGUGGGCGUGCCAGUGGGCCUGUGCUACAACGCCCUGCUGGUGCUGGCCAACCUACACAGCAAGGCCAGCAUGACCAUGCCGGACGUGUACUUUGUCAACAUGGCAGUGGCAGGCCUGGUGCUCAGCGCCCUGGCCCCUGUGCACCUGCUCGGCCCCCCGAGCUCCCGGUGGGCGCUGUGGAGUGUGGGCGGCGAAGUCCACGUGGCACUGCAGAUCCCCUUCAAUGUGUCCUCACUGGUGGCCAUGUACUCCACCGCCCUGCUGAGCCUCGACCACUACAUCGAGCGUGCACUGCCGCGGACCUACAUGGCCAGCGUGUACAACACGCGGCACGUGUGCGGCUUCGUGUGGGGCGGCGCGCUGCUGACCAGCUUCUCCUCGCUGCUCUUCUACAUCUGCAGCCACGUGUCCACCCGCGCGCUGGAGUGCGCCAAGAUGCAGAACGCAGAAGCUGCCGACGCCACGCUGGUGUUCAUCGGCUACGUGGUGCCAGCACUGGCCGCCCUCUACGCGCUGGUGCUACUCUCCCGCGUCCACAGGGAGGACACGCCCCUGGACCGGGACACGGGCCGGCUGGAGCCCUCGGCACACAGGCUGCUGGUGGCCACCGUGUGCACGCAGUUUGGGCUCUGGACGCCGCACUAUCUGAUCCUGCUGGGGCACACGGUCAUCAUCUCGCGAGGGAAGCCCGUGGACGCACACUACCUGGGGCUACUGCACUUUGUGAAGGAUUUCUCCAAACUCCUGGCCUUCUCCAGCAGCUUUGUGACACCACUUCUCUACCGCUACAUGAACCAGAGCUUCCCCAGCAAGCUCCGACGGCUGAUGAAAAAGCUGCCCUGCGGGGACCGGCACUGCUCCCCGGACCACAUGGGGGUGCAGCAGGUGCUGGCGUAGGCGGCCCAGCCCUCCUGGGGAGACGUGACUCUGGUGGACGCAGAGCACUUAGUUACCCUGGACGCUCUCCACAUCCUUCCAGAAGGAGAUGAGCUGCUGGAAGAGAAGCAGGAGGGGUGUUUUUCUUGAAGUUUCCUUUUUCCCACAAAUGCCACUCUUGGGCCAAGGCUGUGGUCCCCGUGGCUGGCAUCUGGCUUGAGUCUCCCCGAGGCCUGUGCGUCUCCCAAACACGCAGCUCAAGGUCCACAUCCGCAAAAGCCUCCUCGCCUUCAGCCUCCUCAGCAUUCAGUUUGUCAAUGAAGUGAUGAAAGCUUAGAGCCAGUAUUUAUACUUUGUGGUUAAAAUACUUGAUUCCCCCUUGUUUGUUUUACAAAAACAGAUGUUUUCUAGAAAAAUGACAAGUAUUAAAAUGAACAAAACCCUACGAAAGAAUGGCAACAGCCAGGGUGGCCGGGCCCUGCCAGUGGGCGGCGUGUGCUAGCCAGGCCUGCCGGGUGUGCCGCGGUCACCACAGGGUUCUGAGAACAUUUCACAGAAGUGCCUGAGACGCGGAGACAUGGCUGGUGUUAAAUGGAGCUAUUCAAUAGCAGUGAUGCGCUCUCCUCAGCCACCAAAUGUCCCUGACACCCUCCCCAGCCCCCACAGAUAACAUCAGCUGAGGUUUUUUUCAGUAUGUACCUGUCCUAAAUCAACUCCUCAAAGUGUGCACAAAACUAAAGAAUAUAAAUAAACAAAAGAAAGGUGUGUUAGGA